CAACUGCCCCGGAAGUACUCGCUCCCUGCGCGCGGAGGCGGGCUCGCCUGCAGACAGUGCUUCCGGGUCACGCGUCUGCUGGGGCGGAAGGAGCGUGGCCUGCGGAGGUUGGUCUCCACGCAUGCUCAUCUUUUUAAUCCUGAAGCUCUCAGAAUACACCUGGACCUACCACUCUGCCCACCAGAAGCUGUGCUCUUGUUCAACAUAGCCGCAUUUGAGUUUUUCAAGUCUGAACAAGACUUUUCUCUGAUUUUCCCAUGAAGCCCCGUCAUUGCCUGUUCAUCUUAGUGAUGAUCACUGCUGCACCAGCUGCUCUGGUUGGGGAGGACGUGGCCCUGCUGGGAGCAAAUCAGACUUCUUACAAUGCAUCAUUUCUCCCAAGCUUUGAACUCUCAGCAGGCUCCCACUCAGGUGCUGAUGUCAUCAUAGCCAAGGAGGGAACGAGCGUCUCCCUGGAGUGUCUUCUCACCAUCAGCCCCUAUGCCGAUGUCCACUGGCACAAUUCCAAAGGCCAGCAGCUGGAUGGUAGAGGUGGAAAAUGGUCAGUUUCUGAUAACUUCCUCAACAUCAGCAGCGUGGCCUUCGAUGACCGUGGGCUCUACACAUGUGUGGUCACCGCUCCAACUCGUGCCUCCUACUCUGUCACCCUGCGUGUGGUCUUCACCUCAGGAGACAUGAGUGUCUACUACAUGAUUGUCUGCCUGAUCGCCUUCACGGUCACGCUCAUCUUGAACGUCACGAGGCUGUGCCUGAUGAGCACCCAUCUGCGCAAGACCGAGAAGGCCAUCAAUGACUUCUUCAGAACUGAGGGCGCUGAGAAGCUCCAGAAGGCCUUUGAGAUUGCGAAGCGCAUUCCCAUCAUCACCUCAGCCAAGACCCUAGAGCUCGCCAAAGUCACGCAGUUCAAGACCAUGGAGUUUGCCCGCUACAUAGAAGAACUGGCCAGAAGCGUCCCUCUCCCACCCCUCAUUCUCAACUGCCGCGCCUUCGUUGAGGAAAUGUUCGAGGCUGUGCGAGUGGAUGACCCAGACGACAUGGGAGAAAGGAUGAAGGAGAGACCAGCCCUGGAUGCUCAAGGCAGCAUCUACGUGAUUAACCCCAAGCUGGGGCGCAGCAGCUCUCCUGGAGGCGAUUCAGAUGAUGGCUCCCUGAAUGAGCAAGGCCAGGAGAUAGCUGUCCAGGUGUCUGUCCACCUUCAGUCAGAGACCAAGAGUAUCGGGACGGAGUCUCAGGACAGCGGUCACCUCAGCGUGCCUGACCACCCUGCACCUGCCGAGGGCAGUGCUCACCUCAGAGAGGGGACGUCUGAAGACUGAAGCCACUCGCACGCCAGCCCCUACAGGAACAGCUCAGGAAAAGGACCUGCUUCCGGACAUACAGCAUCUUUACCAGCAGAUGCCCAGGGUCCUCCCCUGGGCAAAACCUUGUGAACAGGCAGCACUGUCCUCGUGGCCAUGUCCUCUUCCCUGAGGCUGAUGAAGCGACGAUGUUAAGAUUUAAAGGCCUGAGUGACAAGCACGUGGGAAACGAGUCCUGGGCUUUUCACGGUUCUUCUGCAGCUCACGUGUGACGCUUACCUUGAGGCCCAAGUUUUCCCAAUAGGAUGAGGAAUUUUCCCUGGAUGGAAAGUUGUGUCCGGCUCCACACUUCUACCUGUCCUCUUCAAGGCAGCCUUUCCCUAGACUUCUGCUCCCUCUUUUGGGAAGCGGCCAUGGCUUUGUUGUGUACUCCAGAUGUCUACACCAAUGCCCAGGCUCACAGAGGUGUGGACGGAUUUCAGAUACUCUGCCAUGGGGAGUAAACAGUGACAUCCAUUAGGCUCACCCGUGCGACAGUAAAUUGCUUGUUAGAAAACCUUCCCAUGAGUUGGUUCUUGGGAGUACACAGUGUCUUUGUAGCUUACUGAGACAUUUAGUUCUGGGCUGGGCCAUGAUUUCCCAGGUCCUCGGUGUUUUUAGAACAAGAAUGUUGUCAAAUCAUCUCUGGCAAGUCAUGGAUUCUCAUUUUUAAUUAAUAAUGUCUCAGGCUUUCUCUUUUUAAAAAUACCGAAUUCCACAGUUGGGGUCUCUGGGUCCCAGCUGCAGUUUCCUGAGACCUCAGUUGACACUCCUGCCCUCUGUGGUCUUCAGCAUGGUGCUACAGGCUGCGUUGGUACUCUGGUCGCUGUUAUUCUGUGUUCUGCACAAGGGCUGCUCUAUGGCCUUCCUGAGAAGCACUCACCUGCAGUCAGAUGAGCUCAUUGUGUUGUGUGUGUUACUGCAUUAGAGCACAGGUAAUCAAGACAUAAAGAAGGGAAAGUGACAGGUGGGGCCUCCCAGCUCGGCCGUGGGUGAGGACCACUGGCGAUGGCUGUUCCGCCCGGCUGGCAUCUAACCUGAUGGAGCUGUGACGACUCCUCACAGUGACUUCCUCGGCUCCAGGAGGCCUGGUGCUGUAGAGGCCAAGAACCGGGCAGUGGUGCUUAGCCUACACUUCACCGUCACCAUUUGUUGCUGAUGAGUGAAGCACUAGUUGAGCUAGAGGAGGUUUUAGUUGGCGUUUUAACUGCAGCUUUCAAACAAAGGGAGACAGGAAACAAAGUAAGUAGUAAACCCAGUGCCCGCCUUCCCAGGCUUGUCAGACUGCGUCUGCCCUGGACAGCACGCACACCGUGUGCAGGACAGAUGGACGUGGAUAAGGUGUGAGUGCUGCCUUUUCUCUCUCAGGCUGUUUCCAUGGAAACCCCCAGUGCCAAACAAAGGCUACCAGUCAUUUAACCGGAGCUCGCCUUGGCUUGGAGACACGUACUCCUUUAAGGAAGACUGUUUUCAUACAUUUGGCUGUGGAGCAAGGGCUUUUGAACAUACUGUAAAUUACUGAACAUGUUUUCCUUUCCUCCAGUGUCCUGGGCUCAGUCUCCUGAACAUCCCUCAGGUCUUCUCUCCCCUCCUCGGUAUAGCAAGGCUGCAGUCACUGCGAAUGUACAGCUUGUUAAAGACUGCUCUUACCCCACAUGUUCAUAGGCAGGACAUUAGUAUUUCGAACUUUAGCUGUAUUUAAUGCAAAAAUAGAAAAACUUAGAUAAGUUUCCAUAAUUCACUUAGGCUGUGCCAUUGUACCCUUGGUAAGUCAUUUUAGAAACAUAACAACAGGUGCUGGGUGUGGUGCCACACACCUGUGCUGUGAUCCCAGCACUGGAGGCUGAGGCAGGAGGAUUGCAAGUUCCAAGCCAGCCUGGACUGCACAACAAGACCCUGUCUCAAAAAAUAAAUAAGGCCUGGGAUGUAGUUCAUGGUGGCAUAUUUGUCCAAGUGGCACAAAGCCCAGGGUUUGAUCCCAGCCACCAGGGGACACCUGAUUGGUGGCCAGAGUAACUGCCCCGCUUUGAGCCUUCCAGGCUGAGUUCCCAUUGGGUAGGUCAGAACUCAGUUGAUAGCAGUUUGUAAAGAUAGUUUCCAAAAGAAAACCACAGCUCUUACUCUGCAUCUGAUCAGAUAUGCCGCAUGUGCUUAACAGUGUUCUCUCUGUAAAGUCCUUCACCUUUGAAACUUAUACAGCCUGAAAGUCUUUUGACGCCAACUGAUGGAAUUAUCUUUCUAUCUGGCUGAAUUUUAUAGGUCAGUAAAAAAAAAAAUGCCUUUGUGCAACAAAAUAUGUCUGAAAUAAGUCUAUCACUGUAUUCGUAAAUUUUGUAAUUGUCAUUA